CACGGACCAAUGUAAGUCGUUUUAACUGUUCAAAGCUUUCAAAUAAGCAGGACAUUAUUGACUCCUCUUCAGUAGUGGGUGAUGUUACCAUGGAGGCACAAAACAACAACCAGCCCAAUUUAGACAACCACAACAAUCUAUACAAGAUACCUGGUCACGAGGAUCAGAAAACCAUGCCAAGUUGUAAGUACUGCUGUACUCUGGCAAACUUUCGCAUUGAGAAAAAGAUUGGUCGGGGCCAGUUCAGUGAGGUCUAUAAAGCCACGUACCUGCUGGAGGGACAGCUGGUUGCACUCAAGAAAGUCCAGAUCUUUGAGAUGAUGGAUGCCAAGGCUCGUCAGGACUGCAUCAAAGAGAUAGAUCUACUGAAGCAGCUGAAUCACCCUAAUGUAAUAAAAUACCUAGACUCCUUUAUUGAAGACAAUGAGCUCAACAUUGUACUGGAGUUGGCGGAUGCUGGAGAUCUGUCCCAGAUGAUAAAGUACUUCAAGAAGAAGAGGCGACUCAUCCCUGAGAGGACUAUAUGGAAAUAUUUUGUGCAGCUCUGCAGUGCUGUGGAGCACAUGCAUUCACGAAGAGUUAUGCACCGUGAUAUUAAACCAGCCAACGUGUUCAUAACAGCCACAGGGGAGGUAAAGCUGGGUGACCUGGGGUUGGGCCGCUUCUUCAGCUCUAAAACCACUGCAGCACAUUCCUUAGUGGGGACACCUUACUACAUGUCACCAGAGAGAAUCCAUGAGAAUGGAUACAAUUUUAAGUCAGAUAUCUGGUCCCUGGGAUGUCUUCUGUAUGAGAUGGCAGCGCUGCAGAGUCCAUUUUAUGGGGACGAGAUGAACCUCCUCUCCCUCUGCCAGAAGAUUGAGCAGUGUGAUUACCCUCCCCUCCCACCUGACCAUUACUCUGAGAAGCUGCGGGACCUGGUAAGCAUGUGCAUCAACCCGGACCCAGACCAGCGGCCAGACAUUGUCUUUGUGCUGCAGAUCGCCAAACAAAUGAACAUUUGGACUUCCAGCACCUGAGCACUGCUUCUGCUCCAAGCCUCCUCUCUGCUCAGUCUGUGGACCUCAAACCACUAGAUGUAAGCUCUGCCUGGUCUCGCACCCUCAUCCCCCAUCUCGACAGGAGAAAACCAGGAAAAGAGCGCAAGUGGACUGUGAUGUUUUGACGUCCAAACACCCACUUAUUUUCUGUCAAUGAGGAUGUCAAGAGAUGUACUAGUGGUGUAACACUCGUGGAAAGGUUAUGAAACCACACUUGUUCAUUUGAGAGGUGACUGCAUUUAUGCCCUUUUCUUUAGCUAAGGAUAGAAAGCUGUGUCUCACUAUGAUCACAGAUUUAUCUAAGCUUUUUUUUUUUGUAUAACUCCACAGGGGUUGCAUUCCAAGUUCAUGCCCUGUGUUUCAGGUAAAGUAUGCAGUAGAGCUGGGCAAUUUGAAUAUUUAUCAUCUAUCAUUGUAAUCAUAUCAUAAGUUGUUUUUUAUCAUUAAUUUGAGUACAUAAUUUAGUGGUGUUAAGGGAUAAUCAGUAAAUACUUAUUAGCAAUUACGAAGUAGACUUCUCUCUUGAGAAUGAUUUCUGAAGAAUACAGCUUUGCCUAAAUGCUUGCAGUCAGUCUAGCACGAUGAAGAUGAGCUAGACAGCUAGACGUGUGAUACAUACUGUAUAUUUAUCUGUAGCUAAGGUCUUCUGUAUGGAAGACAGAGUGACUGUGGUGGUUUAACUUUCCUAGGCCCAGUAUCUCAAGAUAAUCAUUUAAUUAUUUCAUUUAUAUCUCAUUAUUUUAAGGUUGUAGAGGUCAAGGCCCAUUUUCUCUAAAAAAUGUAUUAAUUUGACAACAUAAUCUUGACUCGAGGCCUACUUGCUAGGAUUUUCCAGGGGUUACAACCACAUUUCACAAUCUUCAUAAAUAGAUUUUUCUAAGUUUUCAACUAAAACUCUGGACAUUUUAGUCUGGUCUUAGUCAAAGAAAACCAUAAACAUUUUGGAAUAGUUUUAGCCUACGGAAACACUUGACAUUUUAGUCUUAAGAAGUCUGUAGAAGAUUAGUUGAUAAAAAUGUUUUAGUCAAGACCAAGGAUAAGCAUUUCAGUCAGACUUCAGUGAAUUGCUUUCAAAUAUUAUUCCGUCAAACUGAUUUUAGGGUAAAAGAAAAUUAAAAUGAAAAUAAACCAUAAAAUGACUGUACGGCUGUAUAAUUCGGAAUGCAGCUUUGCAGAGAGGGUGUCUGGUCCAAUGUUAUUUAUUUAUGCAGUGCAUCCAGACACUAAAGAGUGAAGUGAAGUCUAAAGAUACAACAUUAGCAAAUCCAAUGCCAUCCAGUGCUUGCAAUACAAGUCAGUCAUUGGUAUCAUCUUGGCUUGCUAAUUGAUUACAUAAACCCUGAGUAUCUAGAAAAAAAAGAGAACCUAAACAAUAGAAAAGAACCCUCAACAGCCCUGCAAUAAAUCCUACACUUGCAGUUUUGUCAGGACUGCACUACAAAGGUGUUGAUUUCCUUUCUGUAAUUUUGUAGACCUUAGUGGUAGUGUUGUACUAGAUUUUGUUAAACUCGUACAGUAAGUGUUUAUAACUGGUUGUAUACUACCUUUUAAAUAAAUAAAUGGUAAAGGAAAUAUUUAGAACUUAUUUGCACACAACACAAGCUAAGUACUAGACCGAUGGCUACUGCCCAACAUAUUUUAUUCAAGCCCAAAACCAUCUUCUUUUAAUAACCAGUAGAUGUUGCAAAUAGACUACAAUUAGCUGACAUCAACAAGACAUGACUAUCAAAUGCUUGGCAAUUAAGUUGUGCUCACUUUAGCAUAGAUAGCAUGUUUAAUACUUCAAAAUAAACACACUUGUCUUAAGCAAAAGGUUAUCCAGCUUAGCCAGCUGGGCUACUGACUUUUUAGUGAGGCUAAACCCCAGUUUGCAGGCAAUGUAGCAAGUCCUGUUGUUUUCAGAUGCUUAUAUAACAUAACAAAACAUAACAUCACUGCCUUUGGUAGUUGGCUUAAUAUGGCUUUAAAAGUAACUUAACGUUAUAUAACAUCUUUGUGGUGUGGCUCUUCAGGCUUUUGGAAGCGACAGGGUUUCUCAUCUGACAAUAUAGUUGCAAUUUGUAGAAGCCCCUUAAACGCAUCACAUCCAGACUAUCGGUAGACUCUACAAUUGACCCUUCCCUAAGCCCCGCCCCUCAGAUGCUGACUGGCCAAUCAUAGGGCAGCGUUGACCAGCUCCGACCAGGGUCUGACAACUAUCUGGAAGUGAUCCAUAGACUCUCAUGCAAACGUUUCGGAUUUUCGUCAUUUUCAGGCUGGUUUUGUGGAUUUCCAACUAGUCAUGGUUAAACGAUGUGCCUGGGGCACAUGUAACAGAAGUAAGUCCGAGCAGAUGGGCAGAAAAACCCCUCGGACUUUACAUUAGCAUAGUACAGCAAUCGUUAGCUAGCACCUCAAUGCUACGCCAGGUAUCCUGAAUGUAUACACAUGCUUUUUGCUUUUUAAUAAUUUUAAAAGUGAACCUAACCUGCUUUACAGGAACAGUAAUUUCAAAGUCUUCAAUCAUUAUUGCCAGGUGAUGUGGGGGUUUACUUUUACAUUGUGAUCUGUAGGCUUUAGCUUCAGGUGUUAUCUUUUAAAUGUGUUUUUGCUGCUGAGUCAGUUUGACAUCCUGCAUACAUUCCUGAAACGCAUACUGUAGACACUUCAGUCAGCUUCUCUCUCAAAUAGUUUUUUUCUUCUUCCAAAAAUUGGAUAAUAUUUCCUCGGAUAGUGCAUUUAGUGACAGUGUGGGCCCCAUGCUUGUUCUGACAGUUUGACGGACUAGCAGCGGCAACAAAGGGGUGGGGCUUAAUGAAGGGUCAAUUUACCGAUGUUCCUUUAACGUAUCACAUGCAGGCCAUCGGUAGACGUUACAAUUUACCGAUGGUCCUUAAACGCCUCAAAUACAGGCUAGCGGUAGAAGCACUGGGAAGCCUGUGAUCCCCUCUCAGCGACUGAAGCGCACACAACUCAAUUGUGUGACCAAAAAUUUGUUAAUUUGAAAAGAGCGAAAUAAGGUGUUCGGUUGAAACAGUGAUUUUUAUCUAUCUGGGCGGGCCGCCCAAGUGGAACCUGUGUUAUGGGAAACGCUGCUAUCUCUGAGACUGCUCCUUCAGAUGUUUCAACAGCAACAAGAGACUGAUUAAAAUACAGUACAAUUACAAUUAUCUUCGGCAGUGUGGACUGGCGCUCUGUCUCCUUCCAUGUUGCAGGAGAACUUGUGAACGAGUGGGGCCGGGUUUGCGCGCAGACAUAGAGGGAGAGUGUGAGAUGGGAAAGAUGCGAAUACUGGCAAUAUAUUAAUACAUCUUAAAAAGUCGAUAUACUGCCCAGCCCUAUUGACUUUUCUCAUGUGUUCACGUAAGCUGCCCCAGUGCCCUAGUUCCUGUUAAGACUGCAGAGAGUGGAGGUAUAUCACAGUUCACUGGGACACAGCUACAGUAGUUAAUCCCGUCCUUCAUGCAGACACAAAUACAUGGCUCAGGUGCUUUGGUGAUUUAAUUUUGUUUUCACAUAAAAAUGAUCUCAGUCACAAUCAGAUGACAGUUAAAAAACAAUCUAUCUGGGAGGGAGUACUGGAGUUAUCGAGAUGCAUAAUAUAUGAAUGUUUUUGUCUGAUACAUGUUUUUAGAGAAGGAUUUGUAAAGGUUAAUGUUAAUAGAACAUAAAAUAUUUAAUAUUUGUGUUGACAAUGCAAAAUAUGCAAAAGUAUUAAUAUUAAAGAUUGUUGAUUAUUACCUGAUAACCUGACAGGUUCUGCCAUAAUAUUCUAGUGUUUGGACAUGAAUAAUAAUAAUAAUAUUCAAACUGAAUUCAACAUGUCAUAAACUUUCACUUGUUCAUGUCUGUUACUUAUUGUUGGUCCUAAAACCAUCUUACAGGCAAAUGGGAAAUGACUGAAUUGGUAUUAGGAAUUAUGUUGGCAAAUUUCGGCGCUUGCUUACGUGUGGGUAUUAGGAUAGACCCUUUGGCUGUAUGCUGUUUGGUGCUGAGCAGGUGGCGCACAGAGCGUUUAUCAAAGCUUUCUCACCAAAAACAGCUGCCUGCUGAUUCUGGAAAUGAGGAUUUUGAGACAAAAGAGGAUUGAGAAAAGACAAUUGGAAAACCAAACACUCUCCAUUCAGCAGCACAGUUUGGCUAUUUAAUCUAACUGUCUCUAUACACACCAAACAGAAAGAUCCUCUAAAAAAAAACAUUGAAAAAAGUUCAUUUCAAUUUAAAGUGGCAAUCUCGAAGAUUUUCAUUUAAAUAAAUGUCUGUUAAUUCACUAUCUGUCACCGAAUGUGUUAACACAGUGCGGACUGAGCCUAUCGCCCACUGAUGAAAGUACUGCAGUAUUUUUAUAUUUGCGAAAAAUUUGGAAAAUAUGCCGUAUUAAGUGCUAAUGUAAACUGACAUUUCCUACUGCUGCAGCUUCACUUUAAAAGCAUUUACGUUGUGAAACAUGAGAUGACACUUACUAUGAAGUAGUCACAAGAAAUGCAAUGUGUUCAUCAAAAAAGGAUCUACAAAACAAGACAACAUUUUCGGCAUUUUUUGAGCCCCCAGAAUUCUGUGACCUGUAAGUAUUGAACCACAUCUGCUGUUACCACCAGUAACUAAAGGUGUCACCAAAUCAACCAGGACUGAAAUUGUUGAGAUGGCAUUUUAAACAUUAAAAUUCAACAUAAAAGCUGAAUGUACAUUCGUUGCUGUCUUUCAUCAAAAAAAGAUUGUCUUGAGUCAUUUGUCAUUUAUCUGCUUUUCUGCUCAGUGCUUAAAGAUCUGCAGUUUCUGUGAUAGUUACAACAAUGACAAUAUACAAAAGUGGCUACGGUUUAUCCACAAGCCAUUUUGCCAUUGAAUGCUCCUUUUUUGUCACGUUGUUGCCAUCCGCUGGACUGGACCGUCACAGUAGUGGAGCUAAUGGUGGCUAAUUUUGUGGUAAUGGAUAGGUGUGUCCUACCAGGCUACCAUACUAUGACUAUAUAUAUGCAGAAUGAAGUUGAAUAAAGUUGGAGCUCAAAGUACCAUGACAUGCCCCCUCUUACUGAUAAGACAAAUAUUAGAUAUAAUUAAAUACGAUAAGAUACAGUUACUGACAGCAGAGAAAUAUAAACAGGGACAGCCUCCCUUCCAUCAUGGUUGGGACUACUCAACCUGUGAAAACAGUUGAAUAAUGUCUGCUGUGGCUGUGGCUGUGGAGGAGCUUUGUCAAGUCUGAGAAUAAAUAAUCUUGAUGAUGUAUCUGUGAUGUCAGCACAGUUAACGCAGUGUUUUUAUGAGACGGGGUGUCUUAAUGACAUACUGUAGUUGCAUCAUUGGAAAUUUAGGAUUCAGUGUUUCUGGAGCUUGACCCUUACUGUAGGAAAUCAGGGUAUCUCAGCCUCUGCUGCUUCAGUUCUGACCAGUCCUUUUUUUUAAUCUGUAAAGUCCCCCAGCAUUGUUGAAAUGCAUUACUUAAUUGCUGAAGUAAUCCUUUAAAUCACGAUUGCAGUGUUACCUCUGUUUAACAUGACAAUGAAAUUGGGAUCUUCAGAUAACAGGCCUAAAAAAAAAAAUCAUCAUCUACCACAACCGUUCUUGGCUUCCAGUUGUCUAUAUAUUUGAAAAGGACUGGACUUUUCUUUUUUCUCCUUGCCCUCUCUGUUGUUUGAACUAAUUGUCCUUGCUCCUGGUUUGUCGACCUCUGAUUUAAUCCUCAUUGUUUAAUUUGCUAUAUUUUGAAUUUGUGAUGAUUUUUAUGUUGCCUAAAUCCUUAUAUUGUGCAUAUCAUUUACAGUGUUGAUAGUGGAAUUAAGAAGUAAAAAUAACCAUCUUUUCUUUCAUAAAAAGAUUUAGGGUGUAAAUCAUCAUCAUUACCCUGUGGAACUGAAGAAAUAGCACAGCAUUUGUUCAUUACAAAUCUAAAGACACACAAUAGGAGUUGUACUAGAAUAAAAGUUUGUACCAUGGUGGUGGGUUUUGUUUAGUUUUCCAAACAUGUUGCAUAUGAUAACAGUUUAAUGCCAUGUACAGUACCAGAAUGUGGGUUAUUAGCUUGUUCCACGUGUUUAUAUGUGCAAAUAUUGACCAUCAUUACUGUGAAAAUGUAAACACCAUAGAAAUGAGAUGCUGUGAAAGUCAUUUUGAUAGAUCUAAACCAGUUUAAAAAUGUUCUUAUGUAAGGAACAUAUCUAAUGCACGGUGCUUUUCCAAACACAAUAAUUGACAUUAUUUUCAUUCAUUUGUUAAUGACAACUGGUAUUCUCUAAUUAAAUAAAUGUGUUACAUACACAGAAAAGAGUGAAGUGUAGUUUUCAUCAUGUUUAGACAAUUUAUAUUGCAUAUCUUCAUCUUCCAUCUAUUGUACUAACUGAAUUGUGACUUUUCACUCCAAAGUGUUGUGCCGUUAUGUUUUUAUCAGCU